GGAGGCGGGGCGUGGGCAGGCCGCGGCUUUGUGCCCGAUGGAGUUCCCGGAGCACAGCCGGCAGCUGCUGCGGGGGCUGCGGGAGCAGCGCUCCCGGGGGAUCCUGUGCGACUGCACGGUGCUGGUGGGCACCGCGCCCUUCCCCGCGCACCGCGCCGUGCUGGCCGCCUGCAGCUCCUUCUUCCACCUGUGCUACGCCGAGCCGGGCGGCGCCGGCGGGGCGAGGGGCGCCGUGGUGGCCCUGAACAGCGACAUCGUCACGGCUCCGGCCUUCGCGCUGCUGCUCGAGUUCAUGUACGAGGGGCGGCUGGCGCUGGCGGCGCCGCUGGAGGACGUGCUGGCCGCCGCCAGCUACCUGCACAUGAACGACGUGGUCAAGCUGUGCAAGAAGAAGCUGCAGGCGAGGGGCCCGGCCGAGGCCGACAGCACCAAGCGGGAGGAAGAGGAGGAGGAGGAGGACGCCCCCAGCCCGCCCCCGCCGCAGCCCCCUACCUCGCUGCCGCCGCCGCCUCCCCCGGCCCGAGCGGCGGGAUUUGGGGAGGGGGCGGCGCUGGGCCCGGCGCUGGGGGGGCUGCGGGAGCCGCUGUUCCUGGCGCCGCUGGAGCCCCGCGGGGGCUUCGGGCUGUUCGCCGAGGAGGCCCCGACGUGUCCGACGUGCGGCAAGACGUUCUCGUGCUCGUACACGCUGCGGCGCCACGCCACCGUGCACACCCGCGAGCGGCCCUACGAGUGCCGCCACUGCCUGCGCUCCUACACGCAGUCCGGGGACCUGUACCGGCACGUCCGCAAGGCCCACAGCCACGGCGGGCCCGCCCGCGGGCCCCGCGACGGCGACAACCCGCCCUGACCGCCGCGGCCGCCCGGGGCACCGGCACGGAGAGAGGCGGGCCGGCGGCGGGGCUGGGACGGGGACGGCGGGAUGGGGACAGCCGCAAUGACCGGGGGCACCGGGACUGGGACAGCCGCAAUGACCGGGGGCACCGGGACUGGGACAGCCGCAAUGACCGGGGGCACCGGGACUGGGACACCUGCUCUGACCGGGGACACCGGGACUGG